GACUAGCCCCUCUCCCGGCCGGGAGCUCCGGUGGAGCCGAGGCGCAACGGAGAACCCCAGAGCGGGCAGACUGUGGGGAGCUGACCGCCUGAGCUGGGCACUGCAGAGAGCAGGGCCGGACCGGGCCGCCCCGGAGGACCGAUGCGCCGGGUGGGGCGCUGGCCCCGGAGGGCGUGAGCCGCCCGCAGAUUGAGCAACUUGGAAACCGGCGGGCGGAGCGCGGGCGCGCUGGGCGCCCAGGACAGUUCCGCGGCGGGCGGGUGAGCCGGCCGCGCCCUCGCCCCUCCCGGGCCUGCCCCCGCCGCGGCUGGCAGCGCGGAGGUUGGUUUUUGGAGGUGUCCCUGCUGAAGUGAAAGAGUUCUCCCAUGUGACACCCUGAGGUGCCUUUGAGGAAAGCUCUCUGGACCUACUCAUGGGCUGAUGGAGAAGUGGGCUCCCCACACCCUCUCUGUCCCCAGCUGAGAUUAUGGUGGAUUUGGGAUACAGCCCAGGCCUGGGCCUCCUGCUGCUGACCCAGCCCCGGAGGCGUUAGCAAGAGCCCUGCGCCGUCCACCCCCCCCCCCGCAGAGACCACCCCUCCUACCAGGGGCCUGGAGCUGGCGAGUGACUAUGCGGCUUGGGCUGUGUGUGGUGGCCCUGGUUCUGAGCUGGAUGCAUCUCGCCACCGCCGCCGGCAGCCGGGGGAUCAAGGGGAAGAGGCAGAGGCGGAUCAGCACCGAGGGGAGCCAAGCCUGUGCCAAAGGCUGUGAGCUCUGUUCGGAGGUCAACGGCUGUCUUAAGUGCUCGCCCAAGCUGUUCAUCCUGCUGGAGAGGAACGACAUCCGCCAGGUGGGCGUCUGCUUGCCGUCCUGCCCACCUGGAUACUUCGAUGCCCGCAACCCCGACAUGAACAAGUGCAUCAAAUGCAAGAUUGAGCACUGCGAGGCCUGCUUCAGCCACAACUUCUGCACCAAGUGCAAGGAGAACUUGUAUCUGCACAAGGGCCGCUGCUAUCCCGCCUGUCCCGAGGGCUCGGUGGCCGCCAACGGCACCAUGGAGUGCAGCAGCCCUGCACAAUGUGAAAUGAGCGAGUGGUCUCUGUGGGGGCCGUGCUCCAAGAAGAAGAAGCUCUGUGGCUUCCGGAGGGGCUUGGAGGAGCGGACACGGAGGGUGCUCCAGGCCCCUGGCGGGGACCACACCAUCUGCUCCGACACCAAGGAGACCCGGAGGUGCACUGUGCGGAGGACACCCUGCUCGGAGGCCCAUUCAGGUCUCACUCCUUUAUCAGGAAGAGGAGGGGGAGCCAGAGGAUGGACCACAUGUGCUCAUCAUUAACGCCAUAGGGUCCUCCCGGGCAUCUACCAGACCCUGCCUCUCCCCUCCAGACCCUCAUCAGUGCCCACUGCUAUGAAGCUGCUCAAGACCACUUUGCCACCGGGUGACUGCCAGCACGUGAACCAGCCUUGGGCCCUGGGGGGCUGCCUUGGGACACUCCCGGAGCUGCCCACCCUGGGCGCAGACCUUGAAGACCCAGAUGCACCUAAAUCUCGCUGGGUGAAGUAGAGAGCCUCUCUCCCCUACAUGUGUGGUGCUUUGUCUCAAGAUCACCAAAGCCGGUCUCACAAAGACUCUGGACAAAGGGGCUUUUGGAUUUCUGCCUGAAGCCCCCUUCUCCUUUGAGCUCAGAAAAAAAAACUCCUAGGGCUGAAAGACACUGACAGGCCAGUGUCGCUCUUCCCGAACCCCCUUUUCUCUUCCACAUGGGCUCCUUCUGCCCCCUUCCCCAUGAUAUGUAAACCUCCUCAGAGAGCCCCCUGCUGGCCCACUAAAGCAUCAGCUACACUCCGAUGUAUAGGGAACCCCCUCAUCUUCCCCAGGGCAGAAAAAAAAGGAACUGCACCUCCAUGCUGGGACAGGGAAAUUUCACUCUUAGAGGUCACUCUCAGAGGGCAAUGGUGACUGACAGUCAGCUCUGGUCACUUACACCCCUUUUCAAUGAGCAAAACUCCCACCAGAGCCCCAGGAAGGGGUCAUCGACAAGCUUUUUUUCCUGUAAAGGGUCAUGUAGUAAAUAUUUUAGGCUUUGCAGGGCAGCUGUUCAUCUCUGACUUUGUAGUGCAAUAGCAGUUGUAGACCAAACAGGGUGGCUGUGUUCCAAUAAAACUUUAUUUAUGAACUCUGAAA